AUGGUCCCACGUGACUAUCAAAGUGACGGACCGCCGCUGCCGAUCACCGAGCGAUCGAUCGAGCAUGGCAAGACAGUCGAUACGGAGAGGUCGAGAGCCGCCGGUGAAGUUGGUGAGACCGCAGCCCCGGGCUCUGACAUGGUUUUGCGAAGAUUGCUGCUAAUGUUGCUGAACAACGCUCAGCUGGUAGAGAAACUGUCGGAGACGCGGCCGAUCCGGAGGGCGGCCCAGAUCACCGUCUACGCUAUCACGCGGCUCCAGCUGGGCAGCCAGGAGGCGGCCGAGCGGCUGAACCGCUCCGGUGCCCUUCGGCCCGGCACAUUCGCCCGCAACCUCGGGGACCUGAGCCGGAGAGCGGCCCGGCUGAAGAACGCCUUGAUGGGGGCCUCUGGGCAGAAGAAACAGAAGUAAACCAGGAGUCUUUCCGAGAUCCCCAGUCAGUAGCUGGAGCAGGAACAAAGGUAUCGUGGAAGGCUUUUCCGUUGGGAAGCAGAGCAGGAAAAAAACUGUCUCAGGAGAGCGCAGGACGUUUGUAUGGAUCUCGGUGUUCAACUUCUAUCGCAACUUUUAUCUCGACAAAGAGCCGGAAACAAGAUUGAAAUCGCCCGCCAGGCCAAAUUAUACACAGGACAACUUUCCUAUGAAACAAUAUUGUGGUUUCACAAUUUGUUUUGGUGUAUAUUUAAAUACACUGAAGUGUAAAUAAUGACAACUCAAAAUUAUGCCACUGAACAGUUCUUAUUGCAUGCGAUUAGAACAGUCAUAGACGUGGUGCUGACCCAUGUACACAAUGAUGUUACCGUAUCCCCACCCCAUCCACUCCCUCUACAGUCUACCUGCACUCUUAAGGACAUUUUACUGUAACUAAUUAACCUACCAGUCAGCUUGUCUCUGGGGUGUGAGCACUGAUUUGAGGGGGGGUGGGGGUGAACUCACCUGGUCACAGAGAGAACAUACAAACUCCACACAGCUGGCACCAUAGGUCAGAAUUCUACCUGGGUAACAGCACCAGUCUCUGCUACAUUAAUUAAUCAUGAAAUAGUGAAACAGACAGUUUCAGUCAAUUGUGUUCAGCCUAUUGUACAGAAAAUCUAUAUGGCAAAACUUUAAAAAUUGACAAUUUGUUCUAUUUGUGUAAUUCCAAUGUAAUUGACUUGGUAAAUAAAGCAGCACACCCAUUUAGGAUCUAUAUUGAGAGAGAACUUUUUUGUUAGUGAGAAAUCAACAUGAAUGUAUGUGAUCAAUGAACUUGAUUUUAUAUAAUGCCAGCAACUCAAUAAAAUAAUCCAGGACAAUUUGUGAUAUUAACAAGUAAUCAGAUUAAUCCUAAUAUUGUAGUUUUGGGAAUGAACCAGAUAAAAAGAUAUUGGGGUGAGAAACUGAAAGCUUGGUUGAAG